AUGUCUCAGGUGGCUCCCCCUUUAUCGCAAGGCGUGGGAUAUGGGGUUGUGAUUGGAGUUGGGCUGGCAUUUGCGGCAGGAAUGAUGGUGGUCACCAAUCUAUUGAAGAAGACGCUUGGUGAAGAUAAUUCAAAGGCGGAAACAUUCAUCGUUGCCAAUCGGUCGGUUGGUACCGGUUUAGUAGCGUCGGCGGUCGUCUCGUCCUGGCUUUGGAGCACAGCUUUUCUCAGUGCCGUAUUGGUAGCCUACUCAUAUGGCAUUAGUGGACCAUUUUGGUAUGCCGCUGGGUGUUCGCCCAUGAUUGUCUGUUUCGCAUAUCUCGGAACAGUUUGCAAAAGGCGUGUUCCUAGUGCGCAUACCGUUUUGGAAAUCAUCAAAAUUCGAUAUGGGACCCUAGCUCACCUGAGCUUUACCUUUUUGGCGUUGGUCAACAACCUGUUUAACACCAUUAAUAUGAUUCUCGGGGCUUCAUCGGCCAUCACAUAUUUGACGGGCAUGCACAUUAUGGCAUCUACAUUCUUGUUACCACUCGGAGUGGUCGUCUAUACCCUGACAGGAGGUAUCAAAGCGACAUUUCUAACAGACUAUAUACACACUUUCAUAAUUCUGAUCUUGUGCUGCUACUUGACCAUCAAAGCUUUGACCAGCCCUGAGGUGGGCUCUAUCGGUGGCCUCUAUGAUCUUGUCGUUCAAGCUCAGCCGAAUCACUUUGUGGAUGGAAACUACCAAGGAUCCCUCUUGACUAUGACAUCCCAACAGGGAAUCUUCUUCGCAAUUAUACUGUUGGUGUCAAACUUUGGUGCCGUCAUUAUGGACACCGGGUAUUUCACAAAGGCUUUUGCCGCAUCUCCAGAAGGUGUUGUUCCAGGCUACGUGAUUGGAGGAAUAUCGUACUUCAGUGUACCUUGGGCCCUUGGAACUGUGAUGGGUAUGGUCGCCCUUGGCCUGGAGACCACAAAAGCGUUCCCCACAUACCCGAGGAUGAUGACUAGUACAGAAGUGACGAAUGGACUAGCAUUGCCAUAUGCAGCGAUCGCAGUAGCAGGCAAGGGAGGCGCAGUGGCCACACUUUUGAUGACCUUCAUGGCGGUCACUUCUACGCUGUCGGCACAGGUAAUCGCCGUAUCCUCCAUUGUUGCUUUCGACGGCUAUCGGACCUACUUCAACAAGAGCGCAACAAACAACGAAGUGAUUCUCUGGAGUAGAAUCGGAGUGGUUCUGUUUGGUCUCGUGGCAGCUGGUCUUACGGCCCUAUUCCACUAUGUUGGAAUUGAUAUGGGCUGGACGCUUUACAUGAUUGGAGUCAUAACUUGUCCUGGAAUCUUUCCACUCAUUCUUUCCAUUCUUUGGAGAAAGCAGAGCCGCCUGGCAGUCAUUGCAUCCGCUUAUCUGGGUCUUGUGACGGGCCUCGCUGUCUGGCUUGGAACGGCUCAUCGAUUCUUUGGCUCCGUUACAGUGUCUUCCACAGGACAGACACUUCCAUGCAUGUACGGUACAGUGGCAUCUGCAUUCAGCCCUUUGCUGUACUCUGUGAUUAUCACCUUGUUCGGCCCGGAGGACUUUGACUGGACGUUCUUGAGCAAGUCGAACCUGGCUGUCGCCGACGUGGAUGAGAUAUCUGAGAGUAGUGAAGGUCAUGAUACUUCCUCUAGUGAUACAGAAGCAAGUGAGAAACCCGAAGUCAAUGAAGCUAGCGAGGAUCAAGUCGAUAUUUCUGAGGCUACUCAAAGAAGGUGGUCAAGAUAUGCGCUGUUCUGGGCCAUUGCUACCUUCUUGGGUCAUUGGGUUCUCUGGCCGCUUCCGAUCUCUUCAUUGCCUGGAUUGUGA